AUGCCGAACUCUGCUCGCGUACCUCAACGCGACUCCGACGUGGCUGCGGCCGCCUCGGCGAUGGAGGCGCCCUCUUCGCCGAGUGUUGAUAACAAAGCCGUCCGCGAUGCGAGCACCCCCGUAGCAUCGCUUGGUGCCUCCUCCGGGUUCUCUGUGACGUGCAGUAUGCCCUCUGGUGGUGUGGCGCACACCUGUGUGAAGAUAGCCACCGGCGCCGCCCCCUCGGACGAGGUCUCGGCCUUCACCAACGCUCUUCUAUUAUCGGGCAACUCAACCCCGCUCGCAGGCACACUUACAACGAAGACGGAGACUAGCUUUAUGAACGUGGCGAGCUUUAACAACAGCGCCACCGUCGUUACGGGUGAGUUGCCGAGCCUGCAGAACGAGCAUGCUGCCAUGGCGGUGGCCUCUUGCUUUGAUACUAGGCCGAGGGUCACAGAGGCACUGGCAGCGGCGGCCAGCGCCACGAAUCGACCGUCGCUACUGCGUCCACUGGGGAGUGCUCCGAUUGAGGAUAGUGGCGGUCAGAUGCAACGUGCUGGCGAGGCGGACGCCCCAGUGCAGGGUCAAACCGCUGCGCCUCCCUCUUCUCCCCUAAUGGAAACGGGCAGCUUCAGUGCCUCUUUCAGCGGAGACGGCAGCAGCCGCCGCUUCCACACACUGCCCAGCGGGCUAUCAGAGGAUCUGCGGCUCACGCAGACAGCGUGCUACCUGGCCCCGCUCGGCUCUGCCGGAAGGCGCGAGGUGCAGCGGAGUGGCAAUGACAUCGACGUUCGGUGGGUGGCUGAGGAGGAGAGCCUGGCGGCAGCAGAGCCUGCACGACAAGCCGCAGGGAACGACGGCUUUGCUGCCGAGGGAAGCGCAGGCGCGACGGUUGCUGCGACGCAGCGUGCGUCGACGGAUGUGCGUGCUGCUACGUGCACGGCUCCAGCCAGCAACAUCAGUACCACUGUCACGGCAAUUGGAAUCGACGCUGCCGCACCUCUCUGUCCCGAAUUUGAGGUACUAGCGACGGUUCCAGCGCCUCUAGUUGAGCGAGUGCCGAUGCGCAUCCAUUGGUGUUGCGCGGCUCACUGGCGCGCGGUGCAGCGCACAGAGCGAGGGGCUCAGUGGGCCGUCGACGGCGCCCCUGCGGAUGUGUAUUGCGUGCCAGCCCACCGGCACGCGAAGAGGGAGCGGCGGAGCUUGUCGACCUCUUGCGUGGAGACCAUGCUGGAGUUGGAGCGGGACGGCAGUGGUUUCUCGGGUACGGGCGAGAACACGUGGUGGCUCCGUGAUGCGGCGGGCGCGGUGAAGCCGCAGCACUGGGAGGUGCAGAGCCUUUUGCCAGCUGCUGACGCGCCUGCCUCAACGUUGUACGACGACAGCAACCAUGCCGCCGUGGACGAGAAGCACGGCUCGCUCAAGACUCACUCGGGCUUGCUGCACGUGCACAGCCACAGCUGCACUGAUACGCUGACGUGCGAGUUCUGCGGCCACGCGGUCGAGACGUACUACUCUGAGAACUGUGACGGCGAGGCGACGGAGGCUAGCACGCCGACGACCGAGACGGGGCGUGUGUACAGUGCUCCGCUUGGGCGGUUUCAGGGCUGUCACGGCUGUGCUUCGGCAGGAGCGUGGUCGCUAUCUUCUUCCAAACUUCUGGCGUGCAGGUCGAAUCACCCGAGCAUCUUUAUGCCGCAGGUGCUGUUGUCCUCCUCGGAGUCGGCAGAGACGACGGUGGACUUGGACAUGAGCAGCGCCAUCUCAUCCGUCGAUGUGCCGUCGUGGUCGGACAGCGCACGCGAAGAGGCGCUGAUGGCAGCCGUCGCACUACUCCAGUAG